GUUUUAAUUAUUUACCCAAAAUUCUACGUGUAAGUUGGAUAACGCUCGGCUGAAAUUACCGACGUAGUACUAUUAGGUUUUUACUUUCACAAUGUUUAUAUAAUUCUUCUCAUUGCUUUGUGUUGUUGCUGUCGAGCGCGUUUCUGUUCUACAGUUGAUUUCUGUUUCAUUGUUGUUGAGAGAGUGCAAGAAAAACAAAAUCCACACAUGGAGCACUUAGAGCUAAAAGAGGGUUUUCGUUUCCAUCCAACUGAUGCAGAAGGACUUAGUUUCUUGCUAAGAUUCGUGGCGAAACAAGAGAUGCAUGAUGCUGGAUUUAUCACCACCAACAUAGAUGUCUAUGGUAAUGAAGAGCCAUGGGAGAUUUACAGUCAAGGAGUACCCUGUGGAGGAUCAGAAGAUGAAGAUGAUGACGACUGUUAUCGCUACUUCAUCACGAAGCUGAAGAAGAAAAGCCCCAUGACGUAUCAUCGUGAAGUGGGAAACAAAGGCAGUUGGAAACAACAAGGCGAGGAAAAAACAGUUUACAACAACAUGGGGAACUCAUCAUCAACUCUUAUUAUUGGAUGCAAGAAGAGCAUGCGUUACGUGAAUAAGGAGCAUAAAGAUGGGGAUUGGCUCAUGAAGGAGUACGAGCUCUCUAAGGUUAUUCUUCAAAAGUUCGACGGGGAUUGCAGGGAUUAUGUUUUGUGUGCCAUCAAGAAGAAGCCCAUUGAUACUUGUUCUCCUGUGACGUCCACAACUACGUUGGAUGAUGCUUCUGAGGACUCUGAUGAGGUAGCUGGUUUUGCUGACUCUGUAUUGGCGACUUCCAAUGAUAAUAAUAUGUGAAGGAAUUUGGAACACUCUCUGAGUCUCAAACAAUGGCUUUUCUGAAUUUUCAAGAAUCACAAGAAGCAGUAUAUUGUUGAACCAUUAUUCGUUAGCUUUUGUUGUCUGCAAUUAAGGCGUGGACGAACUAGCACAAACUGAACUUUUAUUGGCCAUGUACUGUUGCCAAUUGAAUUAAUAGAUGUUUAUACAUACACAAUUAUUCAGCUUGGUAGAUGUUGCUUAUAGCAUGUUUGGUCACGCUUUUGGGAGCCCAAAAGUGCUUAUUUUUUUUCAAGAAGUGCUUAUGUUAUAAAAGUGAGGUGUUUGAAUCA